UUAUCCGGCUGUAAUCCUCAGCAGCCAGUGAGCUGCCAAGCAGGAUCUUAGGAGCAGAGUGAACCUCAGUCUGAAGUCUUCACCUUCCCAUCACAUCCUACUGUAGGAAGAGGAGGUGAGAGGAGCGCUCUGACAGGACAGAGAUCAUUUCUGCCUGUGCUGAUUGAUCUAAAAAAAAAAAAAAAGAAAGAAAAAGAAAACAGCAAAUAGGGAUAAAAGUAUUUAUGCUUUUGGAUCUAAAAUCCUAAAUUUUAAUCAGCGUUUCCAGGAGCGGAAGAAAAACAACACGGUAAAGCGAUGGACAUCGGUGGUUUGGAAACUGUCGUAGCAAACUCAGCUUACGUGUCAGCCCGGGGCGGCGCGGAUGGAUGUGCAGCAGCCGCCAUGCGGGACAAGAAAAUGCGUGCCAGGUUGAAACGUCCUCACAUCAGAGACUGCCAACACAUGAAGACCACUGUAGACACAACCUUUGAAAGCAUGUGUACCAAACAGCCCAUCGGCAAGCGCUUGUUUCAGCAGUUCCUCCAGAGUAGCGCCACCUACAAAGAUGCAGGAGACCUAUGGAAAGACAUAGAAGACUACGGGAUAAGCCAGGAGAACGACAGGCUGCAGAAGGCCCGGAGAAUGGUCAACACGCAUUAUGAGACAGCUUCAAAGCAUUUCUGCAGCUUCCUUGAGGAGAAGGCCAUCAUUCGCGUGAAAGAAGACCUAAAGAACGUCCGUGCUGACCUGUUCAAGGAAAGUGAGCAGCAGCUGCUCCAACACCUGGAGAAGAAGGCCUUAGAUGAGUUCAAGAGCAGCAAGUUCUUCCUACGUUUCGUUCAGUUCAAAUGGCUGGAGAGCCAGCCCUUUGAUGAAGAGUGGUUCAUGGACUUCAGGGUUCUAGGUAAAGGAGGGUUUGGGGAAGUGUUUGCCUGUCAGGCGAAAGCAACGGGCAAAAUGUACGCCAACAAGAAGUUGGAGAAGAAGAGACUUAAGAAACGCAAAGGUUACGAGGGAGCGAUGGUGGAGAAGCGUAUCCUUGCAAAAGUUCACAGCCGCUUUAUAGUGACGCUGGCUUAUGCAUUCCAGACCAAGACUGACCUUUGUCUGGUCAUGACCAUUAUGAAUGGGGGAGAUCUCAGGUUUCACAUGUAUAACGUAGACGAGAAUAAUCCAGGUUUUGAUGAGAAGAGAGCACGGUUUUACACAGCUCAGAUUAUCUGUGGGUUGGAGCAUCUUCAUCAGCACAGGAUCAUCUACCGGGACCUGAAGCCAGAGAACGUCCUGCUGGACGACGCAGGUCAUGUCCGGCUGUCAGACUUGGGUCUUGCUGUUGAGCUUCCACCUGGAAAAGAUAAAACUACAGGCUUCGCUGGGACUCCAGGUUUCAUGGCUCCAGAGUUGCUACAGAAGGUAGACUAUGACUACACGGUGGACUACUUUACUUUGGGUGUCACAGUGUACGAGAUGAUUGCUGCUAAAGGUCCAUUUAGAGUACGAGGAGAAAAGGUGGAAAAUGACGAGGUUGCUAGAAGAACCUUGAAUGAUCCUGUUUCCUACCCGCCGAGCUUCAGCAAGGAAAGCAAGGACCUUUGUGAAGGUCUGAUGGAGAAGGACCCGGCAAAACGACUGGGCUUCAAAGACAAUGGAUGCACAGAGCUCAAAAAUCAGCCAUUCUUCAAAGAAAUUAACUGGGGCCGCCUGGAAGCAGGCAUGCUGCUUCCACCGUUUGUUCCUGACCCCAAAAUGGUCUACGCCAAAGACAUCGAUGAAGUGGGUGUGUUCAGCACAAUCAAAGGCGUGGUCCUGGACGACAAGGACGCAGAGUUUUACAGUGACUUCGCUUCUGGAAACAUCCCGAUUCCCUGGCAGGAAGAGAUGAUAGAGACGGGCGUGUUUGGAGAAAUGAACGUCUGGGGCGAGGGCGGCAAGCUGCCCAACGAUCUCGACCCAAACUACGUCGAGGCCAAAGGCGGAGCCUGUGUGCUGCUGUGAGCGAGAGGCGGCUCCAGAGCAGGAGGAAGAAAAUCUCACCGACUUAAGCAUUAGCCGUUGUCUUGGAAAAUGAAACUUUCGCUUAUUUACUGGGAAGAGUGAACUGAUAAACAAGGUUUCAUUCAUUCAGCAAAUGUUAUAUUUAUGGAACUGAUAACAGUUUUCAGUGAAGAAGUUUUCUCUUCUCUUUCCAAAUGAAAUUCCUUUGAACCAGGUUUGAUUAAGGGACAGAGGUACCAAUUAACCAGAGAUGGGAGAAACUUAGAGAAACUCCCUACAGGAGAGAGCUGGGUGGAAGGCACCACUGUGUUCGUGACUGAUAAGAUAUAAAAGGAGAACUUCAUGUGUUAAGCUUCACUUCUUCUUCUUCUUCUUCUUCUUCUUCUUCUUCUU